AUGCUUCCAAUAGAAAAAGAAAAUUCAAGAGUUGCUACAACUAAACCAUUAGAUGAACUUUUUACUAAUGUCGGUCAAAAGUUUGAGACAGAGACCGUAAAGCAUGAAGGCUAUCGUUUUGACUACCCAUUAAGAUGGCUAAGAGACCCAUCUGUCACAAAAGCUAUUGGCUUUCGUAGAAUGAAGUUCAUUUCAGAAGCCAUACAUGGUUUCCCAUUUACGGUCGGUUUUGAAGUUCGAUACUAUAACAAAGAAAAACGUAUGUAUGAGAAAUUUGAACAGGGAAAACUUUUACAAGUUAGUUUGCUUGUAAACUUAGAAACAACUCUUCAAGCUUUUCAAGAAAAAAUAAACGAUAUCUAUAUCGAAUAUGCAAACCAGUAUAACAUUGACGAAGGAGAAUACCAUCUCGAUAUUAUUUAUGACAGGAAAAAUGCAACUGUUAAAAUCAAUAGAAUAGAAGACCUUGGAGAAAAC